UGCUCGUGAACGCAUCUCAACAUGCACCGUUAAUCGCUGUGUGACCAGCACAACUGCCCGUUGCACGAGUCUGACGCCAUGCUGUGCAUGUUCAUGCUGGGUACUGGUCAGAGCCCUCUUCCUUUCCAGCCCGUCCCACCCUCCGUGGUUCAGCACAUGCAGAGCUACGAGCCACAUGUUGCCCAAGGCAGACGGCUUCCUUCAAGCUUGCGAGCUAUCCCAGUAUCCAGGGAGAGGAUCCACCAUCCAACUCAGUAUCCCAGUCUGUAAGUCGCUUGUCUCAGGUGUAUGGGUCUGUACCAUGGCCCUGCUUCUCUCCGGCGCCACGUCAAGUCCAUCUGGCUAGGUUUGUAUAUUCUCCAUCUGUUUCUUCACAUUAUUUCAAGGUUAUCAGACUAUCAAACCAUUAUCUCAUUGAGUCUCCCAUCGACGAUUUCAACUUCUUUUCAACCCUGCGUUUCUGUCUUGUAUUUCUUCUUCUACACUUCUGGCUUGAUAUCGCCAAGCACAUCAAUCCACGAACAUCCACUCCUCAACUCUCGUUUGCAGAUUAGUAGCAGCUUCGGCAAGUCUGCAAAAGGUAACUCGUCCUCCCAACAAGGCUUGACGUCGCGCUACAGCCUGCAUCUCACCUCACAUCCUACAGCAGCACAGACAACCAGCUGGUGCACGGUCCUUCCCAAUCCGUAUUGGUUACAUAACGCGCAUCGAGGCUGCAACAACAAGUUCCUUGCAGACUUCAACACCACCCAACCACCCCACCUCCCGCCAACCGAACAACAUCGAACGCGCCUUCAAACUUGGGCAACUCGGUCGCGCACCUCUAUUGAUAUCAUCGACACCGACAUCAACCUUAAUUAGUCAUCAGACAUGGCUGGCGGUAAAGGUACGCGCUAAUCGCAAUUCGCGUCAUCGUGGCUUCUCAAAGCUGACGG